AUGUCAGGUCACAUGGGUACACAGCGUACACUUGAUAGAGUAUUAUCAGCUUUUUAUUGGCCAGGUGUUUCGGCGGAUGUUAAGCGAUUUUGUCAGUCUUGUGACAUAUGCCAGCGUACAGUUCCUAAAGGAAAAAUAGGUAAGGUACCUUUACAGUCUAUGCCGUUGAUAGAUGAGCCGUUUAAACGCGUAGUAGUUGAUCUCAUUGGACCUCUUUUUCCUAGAACAGACAGAGGUAAUAGAUAUAUACUGACUUUGGUAGAUUAUGCUACACGUUAUCCUGAAGCAAUAGCUUUGAAGGAUAUUGAGACAGAGAGUGUUGCUGAGUCAUUAGUAGAUAUAUUUUCUAGAGUAGGAGUUCCACAAGAAAUGUUAACAGAUAUGGGAAGUCAGUUUACGUCUAAGCUUAUGGCUGAGGUAAGUAGACUCAUAUCGCUUAGACAGUUAACUACAACUGUUUAUCAUCCUAUGUGUAAUGGGUUAGUAGAGAGGUUCAAUGGAAGUCUAAAACUGAUUUUGAAGAGAAUGUGUCAUGAACGACCUAAAGAUUGGGACAGGUAUGUGAAUGCAUUACUGUUUGCAUACAAGGAAGUUCCACAGGAGAGUCUGAAGUUUUCGCCAUUUGAGCUUGUGUAUGGUAAACAGGUGAGGGGACCUAUGGCAAUAUUAAAGGAGCUAUGGACUAAAGAGAUAGACGAUCCUGAGGUAAAGUCGACGUAUCAGUACGUGAUAGAUUUAAGAGAGAGAUUAGAAGCUACAUGUGAGCUUGCUCGAAGUAAUUUGGCGUCUGCAUCAAAGAAGAAUAAGGUAUAUUAUGAUAAAUCGACCAAGCAAAGACAUAUGAAGGUAGGUGACAAGGUUCUUGUGCUCUUACCUACGGAUAAGAAUAAACUGUUGAUGCAGUGGAAAGGUCCUUUUACUAUUACUGAGAAAUUUGGUAAGGUAGACUAUAGAAUACAGAUGAAUGGGAAGAUUAAAACGUUCCAUGCAAAUUUAUUGAAAAGGUAUGUGGAAAGGAGUGACGUAGAUGAUUUAACAGUGGUAAGUUCUGCAGUGAUAGAUACGGAUAGUGACCAAGUGGAUGUUUAUGAUGAAAUUCAUGAAAUACCUUUUACUGAUUCAGGUGAGAAUGCAAGUCAUAUUGAUGUUAAUCCAGACUUGGAUGAAAAUCAGUUAUUACAGGUAAAGGAAUUGCUGUUUUCAUUCCCAGAAGUCUUUACUGAUUCUCCAGGAUGUACCGAUCUUCUGGAGCACGACAUUAAAUUGUCCAGUGAAACGCCUGUAAGGAUGAAACCGUAUCCUAUUCCAUAUAGUAUGUUAGACACAGUAAAUGCUGAGGUUAGUAAAAUGUUAGACCUUGGAGUUAUAGAAGCAUCUACGAGUCCUUAUGCAUCACCGAUCGUCAUUGUUAAGAAGAAGGACAAUACAAACCGAUUUUGUAUUGAUUUUAGGUCGUUAAAUAGCCAGACUUUGGUUGACGCUGAACCGAUGGGAAAUGCAGAAGAGAUGUUUUCUAAGUUAGCAGGACAUAAGUACUUUUCACGGAUAGAUUUAUCAAAAGGAUAUUGGCAGUUACCAUUAUCAGAGGAUGCCAAACCGAAAACCGCUUUUCAAACACCUAAAGGUUUGUUUCAGUUUCGUAUAAAGCCAUUUGGACUGGUUACUGCACCAGCUUCUUUUUGCAGAUUAAUGAGAAUAUUGUUAAAAGGUAUGGAGAAUAUAGAUAAUUUCAUAGAUGAUAUAAUCAUCUUCACCUUAACAUUUGAGCAACAUGUAGAGGUACUGUAUGAACUUUUGGUCAGACUUAAAGGGGCAAAUCUUACAGCUAGACCUAGUAAGUGUUCCAUAGGUUAUGGUAGUCUAGAAUGUUUGGGUCAUUUUGUCGGUGAUGACAAACUUAAACCUCAUCCAGACAAGAUUAAAGCGAUAGGAGAAGCUCCACGACCAGUUACAAAGAAACAGGUAAGGUCUUUUCUUGGAUUAGUUGGGUUUUACAGGAAGUUUAUUCCAAACUUCUCCUGUAUUGCACUUCCACUUACUGAUCUGAUGAAGAAAGGACAGCCUAGUACUGUUGUUUGGGAAAAUGCACAGGAGAAUGCAUUUCAGUCUUUAAGGUGUGCCUUAGUUAGGUUUCCUAUAUUGAAAUUACCAGAUUUCACUAAGAUAUUUGUUCUGAUGACUGAUGCAUCAGAUAGAGGGAUUGGGGCAGUACUAAUGCAGUAUCAAGAGAACUCCAAGAUGCCUAUUGCAUAUGCAAGUAGGAAACUUAAGAAGAGUGAAGUGGCUUAUUCCACUAUUGAAAAAGAGUGUUUAGCCAUCGUCAUGGCAUCAAGUAAACCUAUACUAUGUGGACCUUGUCACAAAGGGGAAGUAACCACUAAAGCUGACAUCUGGUGUUACAACUGUGAUGAAGGAUUAUGCUCAACAUGUUUAAGUCAUCACAAAAGAUUCAAAGCAACAUGUGAUCAUAAAACAAUCGAUAUUAAAAGUUAUAAACCCUCCAUCCAAGCCAUCAAAACAGAAUGUGACAAACACAGUCAACAACUCAACUUAUACUGUCCCAGUCAUUUAAUGCCUUGCUGUGAUGAAUGUAUUUCCCUUACUCAUUCAAAAUGUACGGGAAUAAAAAGUUUAUCAGGUGUUGUAGAGGAAACAAUAAUUGAAAAGUCCAAGGAAUCUGUAGAGACAGACAUAAAUUCUAUCUUAAAUGUUUUGGACAAAAUAAUCAGCAGCAAAUCAGAAAACAUAAAAACAGGAUAA